AUGGCGCUCAAGUUCCUGAGUGCCCAUGCCCCUCACUCGGGCUCAAGUAGCAGUGUCAAGUACUUCGAUAUCCGCCUGGACAAUGACUACAUUGUUUUCCGGGGCAAUGAAGACGAGGCUGCCAGUGCCCAACUUUCUGGAUCUCUGGUUCUCUGCCUCACGGAACCUAUGACCAUACAUCACGUUGACUUGACAUUGAGUGGGAUCCUGCAUAUGUCAUGGCAGACCACUUCGACUUCCUCCAUGUCUGGCCGACGCACCACGUACAAGGAGAAGACCUUUUUCGAGAAGAAUUGGUCGUUUCGGGACCCGGGGAAAGGAAAGACCGAAGUGCUACAACCCGACAACUAUGAGUGGCCGUUCCGAUGCAUCCUCGAAGGCUCUCUGCCCGAAAGUGUGGAAGGUAUGAAAGAUGCGUGGAUCAUCUAUCGUCUCAAGGCCGAAAUCAGUCGCAAGAGAGGGAGGGAUAUCGUCGUCCGCAAACCCUUGCGCAUUGUCCGCACCCUUGACUCGAACGCAUUGGAACUUUCCCAUGCAAUGUCUGUCGAGAACAUAUGGCCGAAUAAAAUAGAAUACUCCAUCAGCAUCCCCAACAAGGCUGUCGCCUUUGGAUCAUUCGUACAAGUUGACUUCAAAUUGAUAUCUCUCUUGAAGGGCCUAGUUAUCGGCAACGUCUCCACCCAGGUCAAGGAAGAGCAAGAGUUCAUUGUUGAUCCAGAAUGGGGGAUAUCCGCUUUGAACAACGGGCAGACCAAGACCGACAGGGUCAUCGCAUCGGACCUUUACAAGGUCGAUCCAGAAAAGGACGAGCAGGUCAUCGACGAGGUUGCCGAAGGAUACCAAUUUUCUCGAUAUCUCGAGUUGCCCAAGUCGCUAAACCAGUGCUUGCAAGACUGUAAUGUCAAAGGAAUCAAGGUCCGGCACAAGGUGAAAUUUAACGUUCAGUUACACAAUCCCGACGGUCACAUUUCCGAAUUACGAGCCAACCUUCCAGUCUCCUUCUACAUAUCUCCCAGUCUACCUAUCAACGAAAACAACGAUCUGGUCGACCAAUCACCUCAGGCUGGACGGGCGGCUAUUGCGAACGAUUUGGCCAACGCGGCGCCGCCAGUGUACGGGAAGCACACUUUGGACGUUCUAUAUUCUGAUGUGGAUGGUUAUCGAACACCGGGAACCGCCCUUUCGACCCCAGGCACGCCAUAUCUCCACAGUCGCCAUGCAUCCCACGAAAACCUCGCGAGCCUUGCCACCAUGGCGAAUGGAAACUACGUUUCGCCCAUAGCUCUUGAGAAUAGGCUUCAGGAUCUCCGGGUUGGAGACUCUUUCAUCCAGGAUUUGCGGGGCAAUGAAGACGGUGAAAUAAGUAAUCUAACGCUGCCGGUGGAUGGGCGGUCCAGGAGGAAUUCGUCUUCUAUGACGAUGCCGGUAGACUAUUUCGCACCACAUGAUGCGUCGAAUGCCAGCUCACACCCUAGAGUUAGCCCCGUCGACCAAGGUGCGUCCUCAGGCGGUCCGUCCCAUACACCUAGUCAACCAGGCAGUCUCAUGAUGUCACGGCGAACUUCUGAAGAAGAAGAAGGAGGACAUCAGUCUGGUGCUCGAACACCAUUCCCUCAGUACGAUCACAUGGAGGAUCUCGCUCGCGUUCCGUCGUAUACAACAGCUGUCAAAACCCCGGCUCCAAGGUCGCAGUUUGAUCGGUCGAUACCUCUUCCUACAUAUGGGGCUGCAGUUACCCGUCCCAGUCCACCGCUGUUAGCCGAGCCCCCGACGGCUCACCUUCGAACAUCACCAAGGUUGCCGGGCACUCUAACAAUAACGGCGAAUUCACCAGACUCACCAGUGAACGGUGUCCCAAGGGGGUCGGUUUCUCACCGAAGUGUGAGUUCAAUUCAAGAUGAUGAGAGAAGGUUGAGGAUGAUGCAACUACGAGGUCGAUAA